AAGUUUGGCUGUGGCGGCAAAUGGGCGGCUCCUUGGCGUCUGGCAGCCGUGACCACGGCGCUGUCUCUUGACCCUGUUAGUGUCGGGGCUAGCCCCUGGGAGGAUGACGCCCUAGAACCUAGCCUUGGAAAUCGUGGCUGGAGGGAACGGGUGGAGAUUGGUCAUGUCGGAAGUGACCAGAAGCAUGCUGCAGCGCUGGGGCGCCAGCUUGAGGAGAGGCGCCGACUUCGAUUCUUGGGGCCAGCUGGUGGAGGCGAUAGACGAGUAUCAGAUAUUAGCAAGACAUUUACAAAGAGAGGCCCAAGCUUCCCAUAAUAAUUCUGAAUUUACAGAAGAACAAAAGAAAACCAUAGGCAAAAUUGCAACAUGCUUGGAAUUACGAAGUGCCACUUUACAGUCCACACAGUCACAAAAAGAGUUUAAACUGGAGGAUCUGAAGAAACUAGAACCAAUCCUAAAGAAUAUCCUUACAUAUAAUAAAGAAUUCCCCUUUGAUGUUCAACAAGUUCCAUUAAGAAGAAUUCUAGCACCUGGUGAAGAAGAGAAUUUAGAAUUUGAAGAUGAUGAAGAGGAUGACACUGGAACAGGAUCUCCUGAUUCUUUUCCUGCUCGAGUUCCUGGUACUUUGUUACCACGGUUGCCAUCUGAACCAGGAAUGACGUUACUCACAAUCAGAAUUGACAAAAUUGGUCUGAAAGAUGCUGGGCAGUGCAUUGAUCCCUAUAUUACAAUGAGUGUAAAGGAUUUGAAUGGCAUAGAUUUAACUCCUAUACAAGAUACACCUGUGGCAUCGAGAAAAGAAGAUACCUAUGUUCAUUUUAAUGUGAAUAUUGAGCUGCAGAAACAUGUGGAAAAAUUAACCAAAGGUGCUGCAAUCUUCUUUGAAUUUAAACACUACAAACCCAAAAAGAGGUUUACCAGCACCAAAUGCUUUGCUUUCAUGGAGAUGGAUGAAAUUAAACCUGGACCAAUUGUGAUAGAACUAUACAAGAAACCCACGGACUUUAAAAGAAAGAAAUUGCAGUUAUUGACCAAGAAACCACUUUAUCUUCAUCUACAUCAAACUUUGCAGAAAGAAUGAUGCUGAAAUGAAUCUCCUGGAAAGGCUGUGACUUUUUUAAUUCAGUAGAAACCAUUAUAGUUCUAUGUAUCAUAUACAUUCUUAACAGGUCAGAAGUGAGCCAUUCCCUUGACAAUAGGCCAGAAGGAUUUCCUUGUUACCGCAGUACCACAGAAUUUAAAGUCCUACAAAUCACUGGUAUAUAAGAUUCCUUGUGAUGAAGGCUUACUGUAGAUUUGGAGACA